UUUAAUCCUCCUUCCAGCCUGAUGAGGUAGGUACUAUUACGGCCACUGAUUUAAUUGACAAAACUGCCAACAGUUCAGCUAGCAGAGGAGCAGAGUCAAGAUUUAGGCUUGGUUGGCCCGUUCCUUUUACCGAACACAUCUUGGCUUCCUCCGUUCUCCCGUAAGUUAAAUAGAGUUUCCUCAUCUUCCCCAAUCCUCAGGGACGGGGUCCGUGUGGUUUUCUUCCUCUUGCUUGUCCUGGGGCGCCCAGUGGGUGUGACUUGGAUUGCUCUAUUUUGCCCCCCCGGGGGGACCUUUCCACAACUCAGGAGGGACUGUGGACCGCACAGAGCUCUUGGCCUGAGCCCCCGUUACGGGAGAAAGGAGGCUGUUGCCAAGGACUCCGAGGGGAGAUAAAUGCCGGGAGUGGACUCAACUCUGGUCAGGACCCAAGCACCCAGCCCUCCCAGAGACACUGUGUGAGCCGGGGCCGGCCCUGCAGACAGCCCCUCCCGCCGCUCCAGCCAGGGUGGUGCUUGCGUGGGGAGGACUUUAAAUCCGGCCGCCAGACCCCUGGCCAGGAGAGGCGGAGAGGACCGGCCACCAUGCACAGCUCCGACAGUCUGCUGCUGCUGCUGCUGCUGGCGGCCACCAUGGGCCCCGCCGGCGCCCUCAGUGAUGAUGAGAAACGUGUGAUGGUGGAGCUGCACAACCUCUACCGGGCCCAGGCGUUCCCACCCGCCGCUGACAUGCUGCUAAUGAGGUGGGACGAGGAGCUGGCCGCCUUCGCCAAGGCCUACGCGCAGAAGUGCGUGUGGGGCCACAACAAGGAGCGCGGGCGGCGCGGGGAGAACCUGUUUGCCAUCACGGACGAGGGCUUGGACGUGCCGCUGGCCAUGGAGGAGUGGCACCACGAGCGCGAACACUACAACCUCAGCGCAGCCACCUGCGACCAGGGCCAGAUGUGCGGCCACUACACGCAGGUGGUCUGGGCCAAGACAGAGAGGAUUGGCUGUGGCUCCCACUUCUGUGAGAAGCUCCAGGGUGUUGAGGAGACCAAUAUCCAUUUGCUGGUUUGCAACUAUGAGCCUCCGGGGAACGUGAAGGGAAAGAGGCCCUACCAGGAAGGGACUCCGUGCUCCCUGUGUCCUUCCGGCUACCGCUGCGAGAACUCCCUCUGUGAACUCAUCAGAGACCCGGAGGAGGCUCAGGAUUUGCCUUACCUGGUAACUGAGGCCCCAUCUUCCCUGGCAACGGAAGCUUCAAGUUCUAGGAAAAGCGGUAUCCCUUCUUCCGUCGCAACGGAAAAUCCGUCCUCCUUGGUAACAGAGGUCUCGGGCCCCCUGGCAACCAAGGCUCUUCCGGCUGUAGAAACCAAGGCCCCGUCUCCCUUAGCAACGGAAGAUUCCCCCUCCAUGGCAACAGAGGCUCCACCUUCCUUAACAACUGAGGUCCCUUCCUUUUUGGCAACUCACAGCCCCUUUGCCUUGGAUGAGGGGCCAGCAACCUUCUCCAAAUCGACCAAUGAUCCCAUCUCCCAAUUGGCAGGCAAAGAGGCCAGCAGGACAAGAAUGCCCCCCAAGACCCCAGAGAGUUCUCUGCACCCCAAGAUGUUCUUGACAGGGACACGGGAGCCACAACCCCACUCCCAGAAAGCAGGCAAGCCCGAGGCCGAGUUGUCUCCUUCCAGUGAGGUCUUGGCCUCAGUUUCUCCAGUCCAGGACAAGACAGGUGGGCUGCCGGCCACAUUGGACCACGUGGGGCACACCUCCUCCAAGUCCCUGUCUAACUCCCCCAAUACCUCUGCCACCUCUAAUGCCGUGGGUGGGCGAACCCUGGCCCUGCAGUCAUCUUUGCCAGGCGCAGAGGGCCCUGAAAAGCCUAGCAUCAAGUCAGGGCUGAAGUCGGGCCCUGGUCACAUCUGGGGCCCCCUUCUGGGGCUGCUGCUCCUGCCUCUGCUGGUGCUGGCUGGAAUCUUCUGAAGGGGUCAUCACUCAAAGGCAAGGCCUGGUGGGGGGACCCUGGCCUCGUGCCCGCUCCAGAUGGUCUUUCUCCAAGCAAGAGGCCACAGUUUCCUGGGAAGGUCCUGCUCUGUGGCCCAGUAGCCGCCCCCCGGACCCCCAGCCUUGACCCCAGCUUCUGGCCAGAUGCCAAGCCAGUAACCUUGUGCUCUCGGGAGGCCUGAGGCCAACUCCUGGCUCUGCCCCAGGAGUGCCUCUGCCUCUGUGGGGGUCUCCCUUUAGCUAGCUGCAGACCGUGCUGGGCAGUGUUCCUGCGGCCACUUGUGCCCAUUCUCCCAUUGUCCUGUGGUCACGUUUCUGCUCUUCCAGGGACAGAAGAUAUCGGUGCUUCCCAGAGACCCCUUGACCCCUGCUAGUCCCCUGGCUUCUUCUUUAAGCCAUCUGAGUCUGAGACUGUUUCCAGGAAGACCUUCUGCCUUCCCAGGGUGAAGAGAUCAGCUGUCCUCCUGCCAUCUCCCCCACCCUGUCCCCCGCCCCCAAACAAGAUGCUUCUUGGCUGAAGGCCUUCUGGAAGGGAAAGGCUGCAGGGCACGCCUCAUCCACAGAUGCCUUUGGGGUGCGAGGCCUGGUUGGCUAUGAGUUCAGGUUGCCACCUAUGACUGCACCCCCUGCCUGGACCCCUCCUGCCCCUCCCACCUCAAUCCUGGGUCUGGGUGGGGGUUCAAGAGAGAUCCCUGCCCACCGGCCCUGCCAGAACUGUCUGCCUCUGCAGGUAGGGGUUCUUCCUGAGCGCCCCCUCCCCCUACUUGCUGGUGUAGCCCCGGAGGGGGGUUUGUGAGGCAGAUGAAGGACAAGCCCCACCUGAAUGGGGUUCUAUGGGGGGGGGGGCGGUGGGCAGGCAGGGACCAGGGAAGGGAAGAAGCCCCUGACUCCUGAAUAAAAGCCUGUGUAAGAAUA